CUGCAAAUACCCCGCUCUUAGCUACGGAAACACACCCAGGGAAGUGAGCGAAGCAGGCAAGGGUAGGGUCCUAAUCCCACCAUGUCCACACAGGGCAACCCAGGGGAGCAGGAAGCAUGGACUUGGACCAGCUGGACCUGAACCCCAGGAUCAUGGCGGCUGUGAGGAAAGCCCCCGUGACAUCCCUCCGGCAGCUGCUGCAUUUCUCCGGCCCAGACCUGCAGAGGGCCACGGGCCUAACAGCUGCCGACAUACGGCUCCUGCUGCAGGCGGCUGCCUCGCACCUGCGGGGCCCCAGUGUUGUCACAGCACUGCAGCUGUACCAGCAGAAGGAGUGGUUCCCUAGUCAGCACCAGCGCCUAAGCCUCGGCUGCCCUGUGCUGGACUGGCUCGUGGGUGGCGGCCUCCCCCUGCAGGGCAUCACUGAACUGGCUGGCCGCAGCUCAACUGGGAAGACCCAGCUGGCUCUGCAGCUCUGUCUGGCUGUGCAGCUUCCACCAAGGCACGGAGGCUUGGAGGCUGGUGCUGUGUUCGUGAGCACCGAGGACGCCUUCCCCAGCCGCCGCCUGCAGCAGCUCAUAGGUCAGCAGCAGCAACUGCGCACAGACGUGCCUGCAGAUGUGCUGGGGAGGAUCCCAUUUGGAGACCGCAUCUUCGUCGAGCACGUGGCUGACGUGGACAGCCUGCUGCAGUGUGUGACCACGAAGGUGCCAGUGUUGCUUGCGAGGGGCCUGGUGCGCCUGCUAGUCAUCGACUCAGUAGCUGCCCCAUUCCGCUGCGAGUUCCCAGGGCCAGAUGCUGCACCCAGAGCUCGGCUCCUGCAGGCACUGGGGACGGCGCUGCGGCAGCUGAGCUACACCCAUGGGUGCCCCGUGCUGUGCAUUAAUCAGGUGUCAGAGGCCGUGGAUGAGCAGAAUAUAGCUGGCUCUGCAGGGAACUCGCGGGUCCUGCCUGCACUUGGAGGUGCCUGGGCCAACCAACUCCUCAUGCGGCUGAUGGCAGAUCGGCAGCGCGAGGACCAGGGGCCUGUGGCUCCUCCCAGCCGGACACUAAGGGUGGUCUUUGCCCCUCACCUGCCCCCCGCAGCCUGCAGCUACAGCAUCCUCACAGAGGGGGUGCGUGGCAUGGCAAGGCUGGGUCCCCCCUAGGCCAACAACUCCUUGCACAGCUGUCAUUGGCUCCUACCCUUGAGCCUGGGCUGCCCUGCACUGACCCAGGGAUGUGGGUACCCACGAUGCCCGACAUGGAUGGGACCCACUGCACAGACCAUGGCCACUUGGGGCCAACACCUGCAGCCACAGACCCAGCCCAGCCCCA